UGUACUACAGGAUUCACAUACCUUGUGCAGCUACAGGUAAAACAGCUCGACUCUCAGUGCCUACCGUCAGAGUUUCGUGUCUCGCUACCUGUUGAGUUUAGCUGUGACAGCAACCAUCUGUUGCAUAUAGUCGUACAUAUGAACUUUACUGUUAAGCUUUAACAGCGUCUCUGAGUGGUUGAGUGCGGCUCGCACCUUGUUUAUCAACAUGAUGGAAACAGAACGAAGGCUGAUGGGGGAUGAGACUGUUUACACCGACAUCCCCUACACAACGACGGAACUCUCGCCGUACUCCUCAACGUCAACCUACUCCAGCGACACGUCCCACAACAGCAGCUUCUACAACGAGUUCGACUGCUACCAAAAUCCAGACCCAAACAGAAUGUUCUAUCCAGUUCAUGAGAGAAGUGACAUUGCAAUGCAUAAUUUAUACGCAGGGUUCACGCCCAGUGCUUCCACUGAUAUCUAUCAACCAAACGCAGUGUGGCAUCAUCAACAGCAACAAGACGUUUCCCCGCCGUCACAGAUGACCCCGGUGACGUCAGUUUUACCCUCCAUGACUUUUUGUAGAACCCCAAGUCAAACGUCCCCAACGGAGAUGAGUCCGAACGGAAAACCAAAACGAAAACGGAUUCAAACGAUGCCUCAGCGAAAAGCAGCCAAUGUCCGCGAAAGGAAGAGGAUGUUUCAUCUAAAUGAAGCUUUUGACAGUCUGAGACUGCGUCUCCCAGCGUUUAACUACGAGAAGCGUCUGUCCAGGAUUGAAACCCUCCGACUUGCCAUCACAUACAUCGGCUUCAUGAAGGAAAUCAUGGACGGCAAAGACCCAAAAGACAUUAAGCUAGAAAAGGAAUUUGAUAUCAGCGACAUGGAGAACUUUCAGAUCCCUAGUGUGUCUGCUUCUAGUUCAAAAGAAGGGGAAACAGAUUCAGAAUAGACAUGUAUUCCUCGUUGGAGGAGCGGCAAGUGCAAUUAACAUUACCUUUGUAAAUUUCAAUUCAAGGUCAGUGCUGUUAUAACUGUGAGUGACACCUCGUGGUUUGUAUUUCAUGCUAUUUGUGACGUUUUGCAUCUGAAAAAAACACGCGGUCUUCCACACAGCGAUCUUCCAUUUGAUUGGCUGCCACUGUUUGAUUGACGUUUUGCCUGUCACGUGUGCAUUGUUGUUCACCAUACCAUAUUUGCUAGCUCGGGUUCUUGUGUUUGGUAGUACUGCUGUACAACCGCCCAUCACGUUAGCUUCACGGGGAAAGUGGAAAUGGCCAGUUUUAAAAUCGUUCUUAAGUCAAUAUUUGACUUUGGAACAACCGUUGUUUACGUUCAACACUAACGUCUAGCAAUAAUAAAUUCCAGUUCAAAGUCAAUUUAUUGAACAUGUUUUAGUAAUUUGACCCCUAAAAUUUACGUUUCACUUUUUUUUCCAAAUUUACUGCUCUGAGAUUGAGGUCGCUGUUCUCAAUUCGUUUUAUAAUCUUUUGAAGUUUUGAACGGCCACUUGAGAAAUCCGGAAUUUUUAAUCGCCGUACUUAAGCAGCACUCGUGGUGGUUUAUUGAGCCUCGGGCGAUUCUGGUUGUCUAAUAGCCAUCCAAAGUAAAUCAUGUGUUUAAUGUUGGACAAACAAAAACUUUCCGUAUGUUCCCGAUUUUAAGCCACCCCCCAGAGUGCAAUAUGAUACAGUUUGGUUAAGGUGUCGACAACAAGCUGGACUUGAUUUAUUUCUAUUUUUGUACUGUUUUAUGAAAAGUCAUUUAUUACCCGUCUGAAGACCAUGAUAGUAUUUAAUCAUUCAUAUUGAGCGUUGCUAGUGUCCAUGUCUUCAGGACAUUCGCCAAUCCAUUGUUAUGUUCAUUUUUGAAUUGUAAAUAAACUUUUUUAUUACAUAA